GAUUGCUCGCGCCAAGGUGACGACAUGCAACGGGCACAGGUCGCAGUGCUGGUUUGACGAUAGAUGAUACAUUAGGCAUGUACACGAAAUCGGCGACGCCACUGCACGAACCAUGGACAAGCCGCGACAUUCUUGUCUGCGCCCCGUCAGCCCGGGAGCCAACAUGUCGAACCUGCGGACUCAAGAUCGACACGGUCCGCCUCGGGAUGAUCUACAAACACGAAGAUGGUCAUAUUCUCAUGCAAUGGUUCCACUUGCAAUGCGUCGACGCUCCUACAAAAGUGCUUGCUUCCGACAUUGAAGGCUUGAACGACAAGGACAUGAAGCCAUAUCGUGCUGCCGUGUUCGACUGGCUGAGCAGGCGGCCCAAGAAACAAGCUUCUCCCCCUCUAAUGGUCCUUCGCUCGACCCCGCCACCUCAAGCCAGACGGCAAGUUGUGGGGCCGCCACUCCCGUCAUCCACCUCUCGCCCCCCGACAUCCUCUCGAUCCAUCCACAAGCCACCGCUAGCACCGCCUCGUCGUACUGCAUCCAAACUCCUUCCUACCGGAAUUCAUGCUCCACCCAAAGCCAUCAUCGAACCCCCAAGUUCCCAACCUCCCAAAAUCGACGCCGUGUAUCGCGCCGAAGACAUUGUUGGCACCAUGCAAUCGUGCCUGUCGGACAAGCGACACGCGAGCACCAUGAUGAUGUCGUAACGCGGAAUGGAGCUAACUUAUUAAUCCUAUUUAGCUAGGGAACGACGUUCUUGGGGAAGCAAAAAUAAAUGGGUGGGUGGGGAGCUGGUCUAACGCGGAAUCGGUGGCAUUUAAUGCGUCACGGGUUUCAUGGGUGGGGCGCGGGAUGUGUCGUCUUGAGAUUGUUCUUUGAUGUUGUCGGGGACUUCUCCAAUGAUGGCGCUACAUGCACUCGGUUACACAGUAGUCCGUGGAAGACGUGUACAAGCAUGUAC